AUGAACGUCGGCGCGCUGGGCACGCGGCGCAUGUUGCUGAACGCGCGCAGCACGGUCACACACUACAAGCAGCUGCGAGAGACCAUCGCGCGGCUUGAAGCCGAGGCAGCCAGGAAAGAGAGCGCACUAAGAGAGGCGCUGCUCCAAGCCAGGAGUGCCGCCGAGGGGGGUGACGCGGCUACCGCGCGAGCGUCAGAGCUCGCCGAGCAGCUGCGGGCAGAGAGGGAGCGCAGCGCCGGGCUACAGCUCGCUCUCGACGAGCAGGCCGAGUGCACGCUUGCGGAGGCCGCGCGGGGCGAGUCGUGGAGGGAGCACGCCCUCGCGUUUGCCCACGACUUGGAGGCGGUGCAGGAAAGGCAGCACGCCCUCGCCGAGGCGCAGCGCAGCAUCGCGGAGGAGAGCCAUCGCUCGAUUCAGUCGCUACUGCGAAGACAGAACGACUACUACCAGCGCGCUCACAAUCCGAGCAAACUCUUAGGAACUUUCGCCGAUUACGAGCGACACCGCCCACAGUCCUACGACUUCUAG